AUGGGCUUCCAGGGUCUUCGGAGCAUGCUGGGUGAUCCCAGCGUGCCGCCUCUGCAGCAGGCACUACUCUGGGCCCGGCCCACCUGCGCCACAAGGAGGGACAACCUGACCUGGGAAAAUGAGUUUGUCCUCCUGGGGCUCUCCAGCGACAGGCAGACCCAGGCUGGACUCUUUGCCCUGUUUGGGGCCACCUACAUGCUCACCCUGCUGGGCAAUGGGCUCAUCAUCCUCCUGAUCGGCCUGGACGCACGGCUGCACCUGCUCAUGUACCUCUUCCUUCUCAAUCUCUCGGUGGUGGACAUCGGCUACACCUCCAGCAGGGUCCCCCAGAUGCUGGUGCACCUCCUCCUGGAGAAGAAGACCAUCUCCUUCACCUGAUGUGGGACCCAGCUCUUCUUCUCCCUGGCCCUGGGGGGUACCGAGUUCCUGCUGCUGGCCGCUAUGGCCUAUGACCGCUACAUGGCCGUCUGUGACCCUCUGUGCUCAGUAGCAGCAGUGUCUUGGCUUAUGGGCCUGGUGAGUUCUGUGGUGGAGACAGUGGUCAUGAUGUACCUGCCCACCUGUGGGUACAUGUGUGAACCAUGUGGCCCAGGUGGAUGUCACACACACCAGGUUGUAAUGGUGGGCUUUGGUGUAGUGGUGCUUCUGGUGCCGGGAGCCGACUGUCGGGAGAGCACUGACCUCUUCUACCCAGAACAAAACUCUGCCCCGACCCAGCACUCUUCCCUUCGCACGACCACACGACCGGGAAUACCCCAAGAGAGCGGGGUGCUCAGCCUGGACUCCCUGACCGGCUUCCGUGCCGACGAGCACUGGAGCUCUGUGUUCACAUCACAUCCAUCGCGUCAUCGCCUCCUGAGGGGCUGCCGCUGCCCCGGCUGCGAGGACGGGCUGACCCUGGAGGAGGACAGCACCGCCUCCACUUCGCCCGCGACACCCACCCCCACACGCACGUCCCCCACGAGGGUGGGCUCCCGGGCAGGGGUGCGAACUGCGUGUCCUGAGAGUCUCUGUCAGUGUGGCAGAAAGCGAACCCUUUUCGAGGGGCUGCCCCGGAUGUAA